CCGGCCUGCCCCCGCCCCGGGAAGAUGGGAAGCAAGGCGCUGCCAGCUCCAAUCCCGCUGCACCCGUCCCUGCAACUCACGAACUACUCCUUCCUCCAGGCUGUGAACACCUUCCCCGCAGCUGUGGACCAGUUGCAAGGUCUGUAUGGACUCAGCGCCGUGCAAACUAUGCACAUGAACCACUGGACAUUGGGCUACCCCAAUGUGCACGAAAUCACCCGCUCCACCAUCACGGAGAUGGCGGCCGCCCAGGGCUUGGUGGACUCCCGCUUCCCUUUCCCCGCGCUCCCCUUCGCCACGCACCUCUUCCACCCCAAGCAAGGGGCCAUCGCCCACGUCCUGCCGGCCUUGCACAAGGACAGGCCCCGCUUUGACUUUGCGAACCUGGCCGUGGCCGCCACAGAAUCUCCACACAAAUGCCCCACAUGUGGAAGAACCUUUAAUCAAAGAAGUAAUCUGAAAACUCACCUUCUUACCCAUACAGACAUCAAGCCCUACAACUGUGAGCAGUGCGGCAAAGUGUUCAGGCGAAACUGUGAUCUACGGCGGCACAGUCUAACUCACACUCCGCGGCAGGACUUCUAGAGCAGCCAGGGACCUGCACCCGCUUCUGCAGCUCCAAGUUGCUAAUUUUGCUCAAGGACUCUAUUGUAGAAACUCACAGACAUGCGUGCGUACACACACACACACACACACACACACAGAGGCAGACUCAGGGGCCAAUCUUUCCUACCACACGUCUGCAAAACUCCUUUAGAGAGUGUGGACUGCAGGAUCGGGCCCCUCUCCAAUCCGCACCGAGAGCGUAAAGCUAGUUUUGUAGAUACUCGCAGCUCAUUUUAGAGCUCUGUACAGAAUGUGGUUUUCUUUGUUUGUUUGUUUCGUAUUGUCAUGUCAGAUGCACAUUGAUAACAAA